UCUCCACACACACACACUACACACACACGCACUACGCACCGGACGCUACGCACUUCUCCGCCUCGGCACCGCGCAUUGUGCCCGUGUCCCGCUUCUCUCUGUGGGAUCCUUGACUCUCUGCGACCCUCCGGACACCGGCCUGACCGACCCCCAGCCCGGGCUCUCUCUCCGGGGGAACAUGACGGCCGUGGAGCCGCUGAGAUCCGCCAUGACCGUGGGGGGGGUGGAGGACACGUCACUGGCGCUGCCCUCCGACAAACACCUGCGGACCGGACAGCAGCGAGUGCUCCAGCAGGUGCACACCAUCAAGAGGGGCAAGUCCAAGACCUGGAAGAACGGACACGCGUCUGCUGCCCCUGCAGGUUUGUUCGAGCAGUCUGUGACAUCAGAUUCCGAGUUUGGAACGUUCAAGUUUACUCCAUCCAAAGCAAAUGGCACCUUCAGCCACAGCACCUCCAGCAUGUCAGCAGGCAACAACAAAGCGAUGAUCUUUCAGAAGAGUCGCUCCAUGCCCAGUAGAGCCACCAGAGGAAGAUAUCAAAGCACCUCAGGCGGAUGGGAACAGCAAAUGAAAGGCGCCAACUGGCCCCCGGCUCCUAGUGAAUUGAAAGCCAGUCGCAGUGACCCUGCCUUGGUUCCUCAAUUUUCUGCCGCACCUUCCAUGAGAGCCAAGGGGCAGGCGCUCCAAAGCCAGCACUCCCUCUAUACUUCAACCAAUAGACACAGCACCUACUCCAUGACCAACGGCAAUGCUAUGCCCAACAGCCAGACACGCAUUGUCCAGCAACCAUCGGCCCACUCCUACACUGAGGGCAGGAUGGGAACCAUGAAAACAACCAAGAUGAAUCUGCAGCAAUCAGCUGUGGACAGUGGGAUAAACGUAUCAGAGCUGACCCUGAAGCAGGCUGUAGAGUAUCUGUCUCACCCUGAUGAGAGUUUCAAGCAGUGUGGAGCCACCUUCAUCCAACACACCACCUUCAAAGAGGAGCGUGCCAAAGAGGAGGUUUUAGAACUAGGGGGCAUCCCUCCUCUCGUGAUGCUUCUGGAGAACCCCAGCCCCGGGGUGGGCCAGGCUGCUGCUGGCGCCCUGAGGAACCUGGUGUUUAAGGACGAGAACAACAAGCUGGAGGUUCAACACUGUGGUGGCAUAGGCAAGGCCCUGCAGCUACUAAAGAAGACCGAUUCGACUGAGACUCAGAAACAAAUCACAGGCCUGCUAUGGAACCUGUCGUCCACCAAUGCACUGAAGACAGAACUCAGACAAACUGCACUGCCCGCCUUGACCGAGAAUGUGGUGGUGCCGUUCACAUGCUGGUCGGACAACAGCGCCAACAACAACAUUCACCCCGAUGUCUUCUGCAGCGCCACGGGAUGCCUGCGGAACCUGAGCUGUAGUGAGCAUAAGGUGGAUAGACAAGAAAUGAGAGAAUGCAGUGGCCUCAUCGACUCCCUCAUGAGUUACAUCCAGUCCUGUGUUGCGGAGGAGAACCCUGAUGACAAGUCUGUGGAGAACUGUGUAUGCAUUCUCCACAACUUGUCCUACCAACUGGAGAAGGAGUCCCCAGCGUCCUUUGGCAAGUACGGCUCUCCAAUCGAGAAACAGUUCGAGAAUAAGAAAAAUACCCCGAUUGGAUGCUUCAGCCCCAGGAGCAGCAAGGUUCAAAAGGAGUUUUUGUUUGAUGUGGAUAAGGCGAUGCCAGAGGACAGCACCGCUUCAGGCGAAAAGUGGCUGUGCCAUCCGAAAGCCAUGAAAACCUACCUGUCCCUGCUGGGCUCGUCCCAGAAAGACGCCACCCUGGAGGCCUGCUGCGGUACCCUGCGGAACCUAACAGCCGGCGAUGGGGGGGGCUCCAUGGCCGUGAGCAGGAUCCUGGUUCAGAAGUUGGGCGCUCUGCCGCACAUUUCUCCUCUGUUGAAGUCGUCUAACGGGGCCCUGCAGAAAGCCGCCAUUUCCCUGCUGAGUAACAUGUGUCGAACCCCUGGUGUGCAGCCCACCAUGGCAAAGCAGAUUCUGCCGGAUCUCACGAGCCUCCUUUCCUCCGGCCCCCGUGAAAUGGGAAACAAGGAUGACACCAUAUCAGCAGCCUGCAGCAUAGCUCGGGCUCUGAUGUUGGCAGAACCUGAGGUCGGCAAGAAGGUCCUUAAUGAAGUACUGGUGACAUCACUGGCUGACCUCAGUGAGAAUCGGUCUUUCCCCAAAGGCAGCACAGCAGCCUCAUUGCUGCUCUACAGCUUGUGGAACGAGAAGGGUUCUCAAGGUGCUGCGAAGAAGAUGGGAUUGGCCAAGUCCCUUUUUGUCAAUGACAACACUACACAAGCGCACAGGUCGGCCCAAAUCAUCGACUGAGCAUGAAGGAUGGCGCCCGAGAGGAACAAUCAGUUUUGGCCACUUGUUAAUCCGUGUAGUCAGGAUUUAAACUAUCAGUGCAGACUGUAUCAAAUGGAUUAAAACCUUUUCUCUGUGCCUCUCCUCUCUCUUUCCUUCUUUUGUGCUUGUGUGUGUACCUGCAGACGGAAACCAGCAUGUUUAAACACUUCUGCAGCCACACCCUUACAGCAAGGAGAGGAAAAGUCUUCAGAUAACAGCCUUGCUGAGCGAUCCCAUUAUGAGUCAAUAGUAUAUUGUACAUACUUUAGAGAAGAGUGAGCUUUUAAUUUCAUGAGUAAUCCUGCGUUGUUGUAUGUAUUUAAUUUGGAUAAGAUUCUCUGUGUGUAUAUAAAUAUAGGUGAGUGUGUUUUUGGUAGGUUAAGUGUGCUGAAAACUAGUUUUUACAGCCUGUGAGCAAUAUUGUGGACAGACAACAUUAUCUUCACUGAAAUGUUACCUAUUUUGAUUUAGCAUAGCAUAGCUCUCAAAUUCGUCUGUGCAGCGGCUAAGAAAUAUAAUAUCUAAAGUGGCCUUGAGGACUGAGCAGCGGAUAAUGAAAGCAGUGAGAAAAAUAUGUGAAAAGCUGGAAAGACAACAAAAGAUUGUGUGUUUUUGUGAUAUUGUUGCUGUCCUCAUCAACCCAAAAAGUGUUCUGUCUGUAACAAUCUCGUAAAAAAUAUCUGUUUUGUUUGUUUAGUAUUUUUGGAGUUAGAAGGUUAAAGAUGGUUUCAUAUCUUGAAUCUACCUACAGUAUGUAAGAAACUGAGCGAACGCUCUGGUCAAGAAAGAAAUAGGACUUUGAUUUUCACACGAAACCAAAGAAAUGCUCCAUUGUUAGUUUUUUUUUUAUACUUCAUUCUGUUGAAAUAACAACAACCAUGUCGAAAUGAUUCAAAAAAUAGUUUGACAUUUUGGGAAACACAGUUAUUUGCUUUUCUUUGCAGAGAGUUAAUAUAAAAGAUUGAUACCACUCUCAUGUCUCUGUAUUUAAUAUGAAGCUACAGCCUGCUACCAGUCAGCUUAGCUUAGUUAACUUAGCACAAAGACUUGAAACGGAAGGAAACGGCUAGCCUGAUUCUGUUGAAAGGGAACAACAUGCAGCUACCAGCAACUACAAAAAAGAAACCCUCUCAAAAUGUCAAACUGUUCCUUUACAGUGGAAUACUAUGUGCCUUUUUGUAUCAUGUAGCUUUGUCAUUAAUUUGCCUAUUAAAAUUUAUAAAUUCUA